AUGAUUGUCAUCAUCCUUCUAUAUUUCGCCGCCAUGGCGUACUUCCUCUUCAAACUCGUUCGCAUGUACGCUCCGGGGACAUAUUUGGUGUAUCUGCCGGCUCGACGAUCACUCACCUUCUUCGCCGUGAUUACGCUUGUUCUGAUCGUCCUGACCAUCAUCAACGCCAGCAUGUGCAUGCACAACUUCCACAGGGGUCUCAAGCCGCAUAUCAAUAAGAAGAAGGACCGCAAGGAAGCGGAGAAGUCGACGACCGAAUUGUCCUCCAACAUCACUGGCCAGGUCCCCAACCGAAUGAUGAUUGAUUGA